CUCUCUGCCAGGCUCGUGCUCAGGGGAGGGGGGAAGCGGCCAGCACAGUGUGUGCUGCACACAGCAGUGACUGAGUGAGAGCUGGAUGGCGCGAGGGCGCACGGAGGAGGCAGCAGCAGAGCGCCGCGCGGUCACCGUGGGAGCAGCGGAAUCGGACGGCUCGAGGAGGCGACCAGGCUGAAGUGAAAAAGUGUUUCUCAGCUAAUUGAAUGCGGCCCUAAAUCAGAAAAAUUGAUGCUGCACAGUUUUUGGUCUUAUCUACGUACACUGGUUUUACACGUGGAAUAUUGGAUUUUCUGCACUGUACCGUUUUCUUGGUGGGAUACAAUGAUUGUCAGAUAUUUUUAAGGAACAUCCUGAAAAAUCCAUGAAUUAUAGCCGCAGGCUUGUGUGAGAAGUAAUCUGAAAGUUGGAACAGUCACCUCAGAGGUAUCUGAGGAGCAUGUACAUAAAGACUUUAACACUAUGUAGUAGCACAACUACUGGACACUUUAAUCUCACCUGGCAACGGCAAGAUCAUUAGCCUUAUUUUUUAGUUUUUUCUUUGCCCAAAAUCAUUGUUUUAGUUGGCAAACCAUCUUGGAAUAUUUUCUGGCACUAGUUUACAUCAGUGGCUAUGGUUGCUGGCAUUGUUGACCAGCACAUUCCCAGUUUCAAGUCUAUGGCAUCCUGUGAUUUUCCCCAACCAAUACUAGACACAAACUCUUCAUCAUAAAUACAUGUCUGGCUGCACAAUGCAUUAACAACAGUACCUGCCACCAAGGAGUUUUUCUCCAGAGUGAGAAGUGCUCGGCCAACAACAUCUAAUGCCUUCUGCUCUGCAAGGAGAUGCUUCCUGAAUGUGGCUGAUCCUGCAGCCUCUGGAAUAUGCCGCAGUGGGACCAUCCUGCCAACUCCACGGACCGUGUGAGGGAAUCGCCCAACACCGGCCCAGGGAGGCAUGGUGACGACCUUCAAGAUUGCGGUUCUUGGGGCCCAAGGCGUGGGGAAAAGUGCCAUUGUGCGCCAGUUCAUGUACAACGAGUUCAACGAGACCUGUGUCCCCACCAAGGCUCGUCGUGUCUUCCUACCAGCUGUUGUAAUGAAUGGCCAUGUCCACGAACUUCAGAUCAUGGACUUUCCUCCUAUAUCUUCUUUUCCAGUCAACACCCUACAAGAGUGGGCAGAUUCGUGCUGCCGGGGGCUCAGAAGUGCACAUGCUUAUAUCCUCGUCUAUGACAUUUGUUGCUUUGACAGCUUUGAAUACAUCAAGACCCUGAGGCAACAGAUAUUGGAAACAAGAGUGAUUGGCACAACGGAGACUCCCAUCAUCAUAGUGGGCAAUAAGCGCGACCUACAACGAGGCCGUGUUAUCCCACGUUGGAACGUGUCCCAUCUGGUGAAGAAGACCUGGAAAUGUGGCUACAUUGAAUGCUCAGCCAAGUAUAAUUGGCACAUACUGCUACUUUUCAGUGAACUGCUUAAGAGUGUAGGCUGUGCAAGAUGCAAGCAUGUACACGCUGCUAUCCGCUUCCAGGGAGCUCUACGCCGCAACCGCUGUUCCAUAAUGUGAUGGCACAUCAUGUACUUUGUUCAAGUGUUUUUGGUUUCAGUCCUACUGGGAUUUACUGUGAACAAUGAUCACCUUUUCUGCGAAAGGACCCAAUAGUAAACCUAAUUCCAGUGAUGGAGAGUUUUCAGCCUAUACAAAGUAUUUUAUGUUAUAGCAUAGCAUUCCCUUACUUUUUUCCAUAGGAUUCCAGAUAUAAUGACCACUUUUGUGAUUACCCAUACACCUCCUUCGUUUUACCCCUUUGACAUCUGAGAAGAUGUUCAGUAAUUACAUAAUCUCUUAGUGAUUACUUUGACAUUAGAUGAAAUGACCUGUGUUUGAGCUCCUAUUAUUAGUUACCAGUCUGGGUCUAUGUCCUUGUUGGUAUUGAUGACAUCGCUAUCUCUGAAUAGACUAAGAUGGAAUUGUUGGGCAAUUGAGCCACUUGUAGCUAAAUAUUAAACCUCAGGCAGAUAGACCUUCCUACGAGGGUCUCUGUAAUAUCUCUGGCUACCUGUGCUGUUGAUCUUACACAUCCAAUUCUUCUUACAGGGUACAGUACAUAUCAUCGAAGCAGCCAAGCAUUUGCUCAAGCUGGUCCACUGAUGUCUGUGAAAAAACAUGAUGUUUAAUAAGAAUUGCACUUCACAUUACACGUCUUCUUUUACCUUUAAUGCAUAAGCACAUUGCUGAGAGAACAAUUCAGCAUUUACAGGUCCACUGUAAUUCUGAUCUAUAAACCAUGUUAAUGUUUUGUGUAAGUAUGUCUUUGCCAGAGCGACUGGCAGUAUAUUGCUAAGCAGUCUAUUACUGUUCACAGUGGCAGCCGAGGGCUGAAUUUAAUUGUAUUGUUUUACUCAUUCCCUUCACUCACCUACUAGAAGUAUAUAUAACAAUUAAUUUCCAUCAGUACAGCCACCUUUUUAAAUCCAGACUUAAUACUGUACCUGCAGUGGCCAUGGUGAUGCUCUGAGAGUCCAUGUCUUUAUGUGUUUGGUCUUUCUGCUCUUAUGUUCUCACUUGGCGUAUUUGUAUAUGACCGAGUUUGACAUUUCUGCUCCCCCUUAUCUCCCACUCUUAGAUUUCUGAAAGAAAAUAAUCUGCAUGUGUUGAUAAUUGCACAAUAGGGAUCUAGAGACUUAAAUCAAUUCCGCCUCUUCUCUUAGUCUUAAUUUUUCAUCUACUCUGUACUAAUUGCCUUAUUUCCAACCAGUUUAUGGUCUUAUUAGUAUGUCCUCAUUGUUACUGCUGCUCUGCUGAUUGUUCUACGGAACACAAGAUUUCUAUCAACCUCCAGCUGUAUCAAGUGCUACACAUACUUCAUCAGUCGUCAUUCUUGCCAAUUUAAAAUCAAAGCUUGAUUACUUUUAAGAUGGCAUUUUAAUUUAAGAAAUCUGAUGUGGUACUUGGGUAAUGAAAUUAGUUCUAAUCUUCACUGUAGAUUGUUAGUGAGGUCAGCGUUAUCUUUACUCAGUUUUACAAUAUGACCAGAUUGAUUAUUUCUUUGCAGUGAUAAUAUUGGUUUGUGCCACAUACUGUAUGAACAUUUGUGUAGUUUUGUUAUCUUACAUUUGAGGGAUAUCCACUUAUAACCACAAUGGGGCUUUUUAGUGGUAUCUUGUUAAUGUGGAGCCUAUUAUAAAAAAAUAAAAUAACAUUAACGGGCUAAUACUGAGGUUGUGUUUUAGAAGACUUACUUGGUUUAGCUACCUCCUUUGCUCAGUGUCAGCUUCUUUAUAUUUUUUUGCUUACUUCAUGGGGUUUUGCCUCUUUGGUUCUUUUGCAGCCUUGUUGGCUGCUGCAGUUUCUUUAUUGGAGCUUUCUAGAGCUUCUCAGCCGUCUUUAAACCAUUUGAUGGCUAUCUUCUUGAGCUCGUCUGCUAAUUUUAAGAUCAACCACACACUUCACUAUUGUUAAAAAAAAAAAUGCUUAUAUUCAAUAAUGUAAAAAAAUAAAUCUUCUGAAUUAUGAGUCUAGAUAAACUUAAGACUUUUGCUUUGAUAUUAAAAGUCCACUUUUAAUAUCUACAGUGGUUACAUCUAUAAUGCUUUGAUCUUGAGGUCCACUUGACUUAAUUACCCCCUAGCUACUUCAUUUCAGAGAGUUAAUAGCCACUUCAUUGUCCAUACUGUCCAUGGUUGUCAGGAACAGCCACUUAAAAAUCUAGGGCAUAUACUAUAGUCCCCAAAUAGGGCUUCAGCUGUAGCAUCUAUCUCAUGGAAAGGUGUAUGUGCUGGCAGUUUAAUCAAACUAUGGGGCAGAUUAAAUUACAUUGAGCUGCCAUCAGCCAGUUACGGUAGGCUGCUUCUGUUCUUACCUCCAUAAGCUGUGAGCGGAUUCAACCUUCCGAGACAUAAUACACAAAGCUAUGUCGACAGCUUCCGGCCUUAAUUGAAUCUGACCCUAACUGUAUAACGUGGCUGGGAGCUGACCUAAAACCCUGUGUUCUAGUUGUUGACAUAGUUGACCCUAUUUAUUUUGUAAACUGAAACUGGUAGAACUUUCAGUUAGGGAAAGUGAUCUUUAGGAGGGAAUUCAAUUAGGUGCGAGUUUGAUCCAGCAAGGCGAAUUCACCGUAAAUUUGCAUUGUGAAUUACCGUUGCAAUUCAAUUCUAAACUCGCAUUUCUUUUUCAGAGUAAAUGUGCCUGUUUUUGUUCACACUUCCCUGAGAAGGUAGAGAAAAUGUCGGGACUUGCUUCAGAACACCUUGCCCUUCUCUUCCUCCCACAUGACUAAUUAGACAUGUGAAAGUUUUCAAUAAGCAUAAUUGGUCCAAUAAUUACAUGUAAUUUUUUGGUGUGAAAAUAAAUAAAUGGCCUCAAGUUACCCAAAAGCUAACUUAUUCGUUAGUUUAUUACCCCAAAAAUAAAUAAAAUGAUUUCAAUGAAAAAAAAUAGCUUUUUAUUAUUAUUUUUUUAUUAUUAUUUUUAUUUUUUUAUUUAAGUAGCCUCAUAUUAUCCCCAAAUCAUUUUUUUUCUACUUUUUAAUUUUUGUAAUUUUUAUUUAUAUUUUGCAUUUGUCGUUUAAUUCCUGCGUAAUUAAAGGAAAUUUGCAGGCUAUUUACAUAAUUUUUUUGCAUGCACAAAUAAGCCAUUUGACACCUUUCAAAAGCAUCCAGUACUUUCCUUAAGCUUACCAACAGCCUUUUAUAUGGUCCUGCUAACGAAGUUGUCACUUUUUUGGGGUCCAGGAAGGUCUCCCCACUUUUUCAUUCUUUUUUCCAACUACACUUUUUAAACAAAAUGUGCAUACUCUCGCUGCUAGAAGUGCGAAUUGGGAUUUCUAAUUGUAUUAUGAGAAUCUCAGGUGCAUGCAUUAAAAGCAAAGUGUGUAAGUUUAAUGAUGCACGUUUGCCUUGUACAAACUCGCACCUAACUGAAUUGCCGCCUUAGUGUAUAAUCACUUUAUAUAGAUUUUAAGAGAGAUCAAAUUGUGGUGGCCAAAUGUGUUGAAAGCAGAUUGUGUUUUUCUAGAAUUGUGCAAGCAGUCAGUGUAUUCAGUAUGAUUAAAUGUGGAUUGUCAAAUCUGAUUGUCUUCGGUGAAAGUUUUUCCCUCCAAAAUCAGAUGAAAACUGACAGAAGAGUGUGAGUUGUAAUCAUAUUAAUAUAGUAUAAUGCUCAACUGUCUUUCUGUUCAGGGGUUGGGUUCGUUAUGCCGGCGGUCAGAAUACCGACCGCGGCAUCCCGACAGUGAGAAUCCAGACAGGGGAAAGGUAAGUAUACUUGCAUUCCCCCAAUAAAACCCUAACCCUCCCCAAGGUUGCCUAACCCUAACUUCCCCCUCCCUGCAGCCUAAACCUAACCCCCCUUCUCGUAGCCUAACCCUCCUCACACAGCUUGAACG